AUGACAAAAGAAAAUGAAAUUUUUCUAUAUGAAACUAUUCAACCAAUAUUUAUAUCUAUUUUACCUUUAUUAACUGAAUAUUAUUUAAAAAAUCAAAACAAUGAAUAUCAUGUAUUUAUCUGUUGUCUACUAGGUAGAAUGAGUUAUGUAUUAAUCAUUGGUUCACCCCGAGAUUCUCUAGAACUAAAACAUAUAAAUCAAUUACAAUUACCAAUUUUUGCUGGUGGAUAUAUAACUGAUAAAAAUAAUUAUUUAUUACAAUCUAAUCUAGCUAUUUAUAGUCAAUUUCAAUUACCAUAUAACACACAAGAUGAUAAAGAUUUCGAAGUAAUUUAA